AUGUGGACGAGCUACACUUUUUUGCUGGCGUAUUUAUGCGUCGUUUGCUUUGGAAACACGCACAAAUGCGACGAUGUUCGCAAAGUUUUUCAGCUCAGACAAAUUGGACCGAACCAGUUGCUGCCUUUGAGUCCCAGACCAGGCUUAGACCUUCAAGUGUGCAGGUCUAAAAGUCAGAGUUGCUGCACCAAAAAGAUGGAGGAGAGAUACCAGAUAGCGGCACGGAGGGACAUAGAAAACCUCCUUCAGACAUCUAGCUCCAGCCUAAAGUUUCUUAUCUCACGCAACGUGGCCGCUUUUCAAGGCUCAUUUGAGUUUCUGAGGAAGCAGGCAGAGAACCAUACCAAUGUCCUGCUGCAGGAGUACUACGGCAACAUGGCUGAUCAGACCGAAGGUCCUGUGCGGGAACUCUUCACUGAUAUUAGUCUCUUCUUGCUGGGGUCUGAGGUCCAUGUUGAGGACUUUGUCCAAAGAUUCUUUGAUGCCCUCUUCCCGAUCGUAUACAAUCGCUUCAUCAACCCGGGCCUCAGCGAGCUAUCAGCAGGGUACGCUGAGUGUGUACGGUCAUCGAGCCGUGAGGUGAGGCCAUUCGGCGGGGCGCCAGGUUUACUAGCAGAUCAAAUUGCUCGCUCCGGGGUCUCUGGCAAGGUUCUCCUCCAAGCUUUGCACCUCGGCAUUGAAGUCAUAAAUACGACAGACCACUUGCUGUUGAGCCGUGAGUGCAGAAAGGCCUUACUCAAGAUGCAUUACUGCCCCCACUGCCAGGGCUUAACUCAGUCCAAGCCUUGCAUGGGCUACUGCCUGAACGUGAUGCGAGGUUGCUUAGCAAGUAUGGCAGAAAUUGACCAUCACUGGAGGGAGUUCGUCCAGUCUUUGGAGGACUUGUCAGCUCAGAUGCACGGACCGCACGAUUUGGAGCAAGUGCUGCUGGGAAUACACAAAAUGCUGCAUGAUGCUGUUGGACAUGCUCAAAGAAACGGACCCCAUAUCUCAGCACAGGUGCACAAACUGUGUGGGCCACCCAGCAGGAAGGCUCUGCAGACAACAAGCAUCCAGCACAGCAGUAAAGAAUCCACCCACCUUAAGACUCCAGCUAAAGUGUCAGGCGACUCACUUGCUCUCAAGAGAAGGGACUUUCUGAACAGUCUGCGCCUCUACCGGACAUAUUACGGAGGCCUUGCAGAUCAGUUGUGCGUUAGUGAGCUGGCCUCUGCUGAUGGCCUCUCCUGCUGGAAUGGAACUGACAUCGUGAAAAGCUACACUCUGCGUGUGGUGGGAAGUGGUAUCAAGGCGCAAGCUGCAAACCCCGAGGUUAAAGUGAAAGGAGCUGACCCAGUGAUUCAUCAAAUCAUAGACAAACUGAAGCAUAUCAAUCAGCUGCUUCAGGGAAAAUCCAUUCCUAAACUGGGAACUUUGGACCAAAUUGAAACAGGAAGCGGAGAUGCAGAAGGACAUUACAGCGGUGACUGUGAUGAUGAAGAUGGCUGCGGAGGGUCAGGUAGUGGGGAGAUCAAGAACAUCCAGAAAGUGUACAAAUUGAAUCCAGAUGUGUCCACUGGUCACAAUCAUCAUAACCCACCUGUAAAGGAUUCUAAGGUGAAGGUCCUAUCCAGGAGCGUCCAACUGACGGGUUCCAUUGUCGUCAUGAUGAUGCCUUGGUUACAUGUUCUCCAUGCUCUGUAG